AUGUCAUCCAUGGUCACGGUAUCCGUCAUGUUAACAUUACCGUGGGUUAUGUUGGGCGAAUCACCAGCGUAUUUAAAUGAAAACGACCGCAGAAGACUUUCAGUAACUUCUGGCGUUAAAACUCCACCGAUGAUGUACACCUCUACUGAAUUGGCGAUGAAAAUCCCACAUCCGAUAGACCGACUAGACAGCCGCAGUCAAGAAGUCGAUGAUAUGCGAACCACACACCCGACUGACAAUAGAUAUAGCUCAGAUCAUAAUGAAAUAUAUAAGUAUGAUGAUUCUUUUGUACAUACAGAAUCGUUGGAAUCAAAACAAAACAUUUCAACUGAUGUAAAAUUUUCAACACACAAUGAAAUUCAUAAAAACUUAGAAGAAAUUGAAAAUCAAACUAAACCAAAUGGAUGGACUACAGUAUUUAAACCAGAACAGGCAUUUAUUUCAAAACUAACCUCGUCAGAAAUAUCAGAAAGUAUUAAUGGUUUAAGUAGACCUAGUUUUAGAAUAGGAGUACUAAAUCCACCUAGUGAAUUCCCUAACAAUAGGAAUAACCCUUUAAGUAGACAAAUGUUCCCUGGAUUAAAUCAUUAUAGAGCACCAUCCAUUGGUGAUUAUUAUGCGACAGGUCCGCUUUUACUACCAAAUGGCGAAAUGUCAACAUUAAUUUCAGAUUCAAAUGUGCAGCCUCAAGUACCAAGUACGAACCCUCAAAUACCAAUUACAAACUCUCAAAUACCAAAUACGAAUCCUCAAGAACCAAUAAUAAUAAUCCCAAAAUCACCAAAUAUCCCAAAUGAACAAGUUCCCAGUGUUCCCACACUAAACUCACUACAACAAAUGAUGGGAACAAACAGUGUAAACUGGCAAAAAGUCAGUAUAUCAUUGACGUUGAUUAAACUGGGACUAGUCAAACUAAAAGCAAUAGGUUUCAUACAAAUACUAUUAUUUUUUCUAUUUAAACUUAAACUUUUCCUGAUACUUGUUUUUUUGAAAUUUACAUCAAUUUUUAAUAUUUUGUUAUUUCAUAAACUGUUUGUGUUACCACUACUUUUUCUACCAUUAUUGCCAAUAAUAUUAUCAUUGAUUUCUCCAACAUUCAUGGUCGGAUUACUUUCAAUCCCAGGAAAUAUAAUAAAUAUGGUCCUGGGUCCUGAUUAUCUUGGCAACAUUACUCCGGUAUCUAUUAAUGAAACUGAAACGAGUAGAUACACAAGUCCUAUAACAAAUCCACUAAAUUUCGAUAAAAUAUCUACUAUGCCACGAAGUGCAACAAAAAAAAUUAUUCUUGUUUAA